AGCAAUUUUUUCCUUCUGCCUGGCUGUUUGAUGGCUGAUUUUUGAUGGUGCGAUCGACGAAAUAGUGACUAGCAAAAAUUGAUACAAAUGUGCUGAAAGUUUUCCGGCGGAAAUAGCACCGAAAUAUUGUUUAUUUUCUUGCUAGAGUUUUGUGUUCGGAAUCCGGGCUUGAAUGGUGCCGAGGCUGUGAAUCGUUUCCGUGAAAAACCCGUAAAACUCGGACGUUAAAAGGUGAAGGUUUUUCUCAUCGCCAACUUUGGUUAUUGACCAUUCGAGUCAUCGCCAUCGUCGUCGUCACGGGACAAGAAAAGCGGUGUAUUUUUUUCUUUUUUCUUCGCUCGCGGAAGGAUUUCCCAACAAGAACCGUGUCAAGGAAGAAAUCGAAGAGCUAGAUAGUCGGAGGGAGGAAUAAUAAAAAUACACGUAAUUGCCGGCGCAGCCAUUGCAUCGUGUGCUUCCAUCAGACGAAAACAAAAACUCUUUGUGUUCCGCGAAUAAUCGCGUAAGCUGUCCGUCCCCUCCUUUCCGUUCUUAAAAAAAUAGUAUCUGUGCUCCGUGGUCCGUCAACGCUAGGGACGUAAAACAACGGCCUCAAAAGUGGAAGUGCAACACGAUCAGACGUCCAAGCGGAAGCAGUCCGAAAUGGAGCUUACACCAGAGGAAAUCCGAGCACGUCGCUUACGGAAGCUGGAAACGGUAGGCGGGGGAGGUGGAGGACCUCCUGCUGCUGCAUCCCUGCUGGCCACCAACAACAACAUGGCUACAGAACUGGCGACCCCAGCCCCAAGUGCGGCCAGCAACAACCAACAGAAUAAGGAGGAUUCGUCCCCGGAAGUUGGCAACAACUCCACGGAAGAAGGUCCGAACAAUGUUCCGGAGGCAUCGAAUCAAUCGACGGACGACGCUGCAGCAAUCGAUAAGUGUCCCCAGUCGAUCAACAACAAUCUGGAAUCUCCGGUCAAAAUGGACCAGGAUCCGCCCAGUGUCGAGAGCUCCCCGCAACCGCAAAGCUCUUCCUCCGCGGACGAUAAGGCUCGGGACGAAGCGGCAACCCGCGAAGAGCUGCAGCAGAUUGUAUUUCGCAUAAUGAAUAUCAACAACCAGAUGCGCUACUCGGAAGCACGAUACUCCAUCAACGGUAAUGUGUUGAACAGUGCGCUGGAAGCACUAGACAGCAGGAAUUAUCGGGAGUUUAGCGGUGAAAUCAUUUUGGAAAUCAUCAGACAAUUUUACGAAGGUAAGCUGAUCGAUUCAGCUGGUGGAAAUCGUGCCGGGGGAAGAUCCGGUUUGAACGAUAGCUGGGGCAGUAUUCCUCCGAAGAAAGUGAAGCCUAUCGAAAUCGAGGAUGUGCUGGAGCAGGGAAAUGCAGGAGCUGCCGCGAUGGAAAUUGAUGCUGAGAUUGGAAUUUGCUCGUCCAAACCAAGCUUGAAUGCAUUCAGUUCCAAUAGGGUAGCGGCAUUGGAUUAUCUUAUUAGUUGCUACAGCAGAGCAGGAGAUGAACUAUACAGUUAUACAAAAAUUAAGAAGAGCAAAAAGAUGUAUCUGGUGGAAAUUCUCCCAGACGUCGCGGCUAUCGUAAAGCAGCAAACAUUACGUUACGCUAUUUUGUUGUUACAAAAUAAGUUUCAAAAUUUUGCCCAAAUUGAUAAUCCAGCCAAAUUAGUUUUGGAAAAAUCUCCUUUGCUCACGCUGAUGUAUGAGAAUAAAGUUUCUUCCGAUUUUUUGGCUAGCCUCAUGGGGGAAGCGCGUAAGAAUGAGCAAGAAUUUGAUGAUAUCUUUACAAUUGUGUUGGACGAUCUGUAUGUGGAUAUGCAGAAUGCCAUCUGUAAUGAAAAUAUUGUGAGCGAUCCAUUGAACCGACUGAAAGAACUGGUGGAGAUCAAAAUAGAAAAUACCAAUCCAAUCUGCAAGCUAAUUGCGAAACAUCUCGUGUUCCUGCCAAGACUGACUCUUGAUAAGUACGCUGCUAGAGAAAUUUCCAAAGUGUCGUUCUUGGCACCAUUCCUAUCGCUUUCGGUUCUGCUAGACGAGAACCCCAAAUUUGCCACCCAUCACUUCCUGGAAAAUGUUUGCGAUCGUACACUGUCGGCCUCGUUCCAGACACUGCUCGGAAACAGCCGCAAAGUGCUGCAUCAAAUUUUCCUCUCUCUGCUCACCAACCUUGAUAGCCGACAGGAAGUGCUCAAGUACAUAUCGGAAAUUCUUCGUACCAAUCACAAACGAAUUCAAUACAACGCUGAUGAUCGUUUCCUGGCCAAGGAUGGUUUUAUGCUGAACUUCAUGUCCGUACUACAGUUGCUUUCGAUUAAGAUCAACAUGUCCCGCAUCGAUCCCUUCUAUCCGCAUCAUCCGGAAUCCUUGAUCGAUAUCGAAGACGAAACAAAGCUGAAGUAUUCUUCACAGGAAUACACCGACUGGUUGGAAAAAAUGCGUGGAACUAAAAAGUGGGAACAGCCCAAAUUUGUUACCCACUGUUGGUUUCUGACACUCCAUGCUCAUCAUCUGGGAAUAAUCCCGGCCAUACAGCGGUACAAUAAACUGCUUCGCGCCACCAAAGAACUACAGCGGAUGGUUGACGAGCUGAACUCCAGCAAAAGCCAGUGGGAAAAUACACCGGUGGCUCGGCGCAACAAACAGGUCCGGGAUCGGUGCGUCAACCAGAUCAACAAACUGUCGAAAGCUAAACUGGGCUGUGACAUUGCCGUGAUCGACCCCAACGUGCUGGGAGCUUGCAUGCAGUUCUACUCGUCGGUGUGCGAAUAUAUGCUGUAUCAAAUCGAGAACCGGCCCAUCGAAGGGUUGUUCGUCAACAAACAGGCUCCGGCCACACUGGUGGCCAGCGACAGCUUCAACUCCCUGCCGGAAUGGUACAUCGAGGACAUUGCCGAUUUUAUAUUGUUUUGCAUGCAGCACAGCAUCGCUACAAUCGACUACGUGGAUAACUCGAUCAUCACCUGGAUUCUGACGUUGGUUUGUGCGCCCCAUCUGAUCAAGAACCCUUACAUCACUGCCAAGUUAAUUGAGGUUCUAUUUGUGACUUCCCCGACUAUCCAGACGGCUUCGCAGCGUCUCUAUUUGCAAAUCAUAAACCACGAGCUGGCUCAAACGUCCCUGGUAAGUGCCCUUAUGAAGUUCUACACCGACAUCGAAACCACCGGACAGAGCACCGAAUUCUAUGACAAGUUCACCAUCCGCUAUCACAUCAGCCAUCUGUUCAAGGGCCUGUGGGAUAGCUUGGUGCAUCGACAGGCGAUCGUCAAUGAGAGCAAAUGCGGCAAGCAGUUUGUGAAAUUUGUCAACUUCUUCCUUAAUGACACAACCUACCUGCUGGACGAGUGCUUGGAGUACCUCAAGCGAAUUCACGAAACUCAGGUCCUGAUGAUGGACGAACUGGCUUGGAGUGAGCUGUCACAGGAGGCUCAGCAAAGCCGCCAACGACAAUUGGUUCAGGACGAACGACAGUGCAGAUCGUAUCUCACGUUGGCACGAGAGACGGUGGACAUGUUCCAUUAUCUAACAAUCGACAUCAAAGAGCCGUUCCUACGACCGGAACUGAUUGAUCGAUUGAGCUCCAUGUUGAACUAUAACCUCCAACAGCUAUGUGGACCAAAGUGCAAUGAUCUGCGAGUUCGGAAUCCAAUGAAAUACGGAUGGGAACCGCGAAGACUGCUAGGUCAGCUUAUCGAUAUCUAUCUUCACUUGAGCUGUGAUGAAUUUGCAUCAGCCCUGGCCGCCGAUGAGCGAUCCUUCGAACGGCACCUCUUUGAAGAUGCUGCCAAUCGAGUCGAGCGAAUUGGUAUCCGAACACCCAUGGAAGUGGACGAAUUCCGGAAACUGAUCCGCCAAGCCGCCGACAUCUACGUGCAAAACCAACAAAAUGCAGAUGAAUUCGCCGAGGCACCCGAUGACUUCAAGGAUCCGCUUAUGGAUACUCUGAUGUCGGAUCCGGUGAUUCUACCUUCGGGAACCAUCAUGGAUCGGUCGAUCAUCACCCGACAUCUGCUCAACAGCAGUACCGAUCCCUUCAAUCGACAACCGCUAACGGAGGACAUGCUCAUACCUGCCACUGAGCUCAAGGAACGCAUAGAAAAGUGGAUCAAAGAUUAUAGGGAAAAGAAGAAACAAUAAAAUUUAUGGCUAUACGACAAGAAUCAAGGAAAUAAAAAGAUGUCGAACACCAGACGUGACAAAAAUUGAGAGAGGUCAAAAACUCAUAAAAACUGAAUUUAUUAUUAUAUCGGAUUAUACAUACAUAUAGACGUAUUUAUAUUGCAAACCACAACAACCAGAACCGAAAAUUACAUAGAAUAAGGUAAUAGGAUUCUCAGUAAUAAUUUUUUCCACUUCUUUCUACUGUUAGAAAAUAACAAAAAAAAACAAAGUCUACUGGGCAGUUUGUAAUUAGAAGCGUACUUUCUAAACAUAAUUGAGAUAGACAAACAGGAACGAUAAAAAUAUAAAUGAUCCCCAAUAAUAUAACUAUGCUUCUUCAUCAAUGCUUCAUUGGCAAUCUCUCAAUGCUUCUAGAACUAAGAAGAAGAAGUAAAAUCUAACUUUCGCUUGAUGAAGCCUACGGAAAUCGACUUGUGUUUGGGUCUGACGCAACCUUGGAGUUUUUGGUAAAGUUUUUUUUACUGUUUAAGAAAGUUUUAGAAAAUGAAAAACUGAUGGCGGCUGAUGGUUUGUGCCCCCGUUUUAUGGCAAACUCAAACACUAUAUAUAACCUUUUGUGCUAUCAUCUCGAGCAUCUGUAUCCAGCUGGCAAUGUUUCAAAUAAAAACUUACUAGGA